GCAAAGAUGAAGAUUUUCCCUUUUCAUUUUAGCACGUUGCGUAGCCCUAAUUUUCAAAAAAUGAAAAUAAAAAUUCAAUCCAGUUUCAGUGCAAACUUCUAAUUCCCACGCCCCCCAGGGGUUGCUCAAGUGGCAGAGGCGGUGUGCUCUCUCCUGGCAGGAGUGCCACGAAUGGAUGCGGCUCCUGUUGCUGAAGGCGUGCUGGACUCCGUCUGUUGGACGGCUGCUGCCCGAGUCAGGCGAGAUCAAAUCCUGGUUUACCGGCGAAGAAGAGUGGGGGUCUUUUCUAGCCUCCAGAGUCGGUGCCGCUCAUGAAGGUCCGAAGGAUCGGCUUGAGAAUGGAGUCUCUGGAUUAUAUAUAUACAAAAAAAGAAAAAAAACUUCUAAUUUCCACUUCCGACGGGACGUGAAUCUUCCAAAGAAUUCACAGCAGAGUGCCCUGCUAUUUAUUUGCAACUUCAAAUUUUGAAAAUUUCCACAACUACCACCAGAUGCUAAUAACUGAAUUUCAUGAGAAAUUGAACGGAGACAGUGGCGGUUGCCUUCGGGGAUUUUGAGGGUCACGCCUCCUCGAACUCAGCAGAAAUGGAUGAGUUUUUCAGUGGGAGUGAUGGAAACCUCGGUGGGGCAUCCAUAACCGAGUCCACCAUGAUGAGGAUUCUGCACUCUGCAAUGGACAGAGCGCAGGAGAAAGUGAAGUCUAAAGAAGGCGUCCUUGAGCGGCUGAGUGAGAGAUCCAAGUUCUGUGAAUUGGCAAUCAUGCAGUUAGAUGGGUGUUUGAAGUUUGUCCAAGAAGAGAUGGACGCUUUCGUUCUCGAAAGCAGCCACGAAAGAGUGCUCGAUGACUUGACAGAGAUCAGGGACCGGCUUCGAAGGCGUCUCCGAGAAACCGAGCUCGCAAUCUCAAAGAAGGACCGGGAGUUGAGUGAGAGAUCAGAAAAUGAGGUGAGACUCAUAAAGGAAUUGGAGCAGAGGGAGAGGGAAUUAAUACAUCUCCAUGCAGUCCUCGAUCUCGAAAGAGCGAAGAAUGAGGGUGUUCAGGAGCUCAUUAUGGGAGAUGGGGCAAGGAGGGACGAGAUUGAGAGUAGAGAUGGUGAAAUAUUCUGUGAGUUGAAGCAUUCUGUGGAUCAGCAAUUUUGGCAAAUUAAGCAAAAGCUCGAGGACGAGCGAAUAACUUUGUCAAAAAUGAAUCUGAGUCCUUCCAAUUCUUUGAAUCUUGAGCCUGAUUUUGUGCUGGUUGAGGAGGUAAUGAAGGAGGGCAUUGAGAGCAAGGUAGUUGAGCCCUUUGAGGAGGAUCAAUAUAGUGAAAUCAAGACGCCGACUUGUUCAUUAGUGUCGGAGAUUAACAUAGGAAUCGAGCAAAUGGGUUCAGACAUAGACAUUUUAAAAGAAACCUUUGAUCUUGCUUUUGGGAGGAUGCACAAUGCCAUUUACUUGUCUGAGUUGGGUCCUGUGGAGAAGCAAUGGAGGUGGACUAUUGAGAAAGAUACAAUGUCCAUUUUGUUCAAGGGCUUUCUGGGGGAUCUUCCACAGAAGUUUGAAGCAGAAGUUGGGAAGAGGGGAAAGAAAGUUUUUCCUGGCAUUCUGUACGGGCAUUGGUCUAAUUUGAUGAACGGGAUUAUAAGCCUGCACCGAGAGCUCGAGCCUCUAUCUACUGAAAAUGAGGUUGGACUGAGUAAUAUAAAAAGUGGUGACUCUUUAGCCUCUUUGUCUCGUUCAAAGAUCUCUAAGAACAUAGGAGGAGAGACUUUACCUGAAUGCAACUGUAGUUCCAAGCCUGCAAAUUCCUCCCUGCAGAUUGAGAGAGUGGAGGAUGGGGAGGAGCUCAGUGAAGAUGAACCAGCUGGGGAUGGAAGCCAUUCUGUUUUAAAUUUGAUAAGAAAUCAUGAGUCCUUUAUUAGGAAAAAAAGUGAAGAGCUGAAUUGGCUGCAGCAGGUAGAAAUGCUUCGAGCAAAAGGAUCUUCAUGGUUCCAGAAAGACAAGGAGCCUGAUUCCUUGAAAAGAAGGAUCAGUGAAGUUGUUGCAAGAUUAGACCAAAUCAUCAAGUUGAGCACGCAACUGAAUGAGACUAUUGGUGAUUCUGGAGAUGCUCACGAGCUGGAAAAUUGUCCUGGUAAAAGGCUGUCAAAAACUGAUAUCUAUCAUGAAGAGAGGAUGGACUCUGAUAUUUUGGCAGAUGUGCAGGAAAACAUGAGUAUUGUUUCGGAUUGUCAUUCAGCAGAUGGAGAACUACACAAUGAGAUUGAAAGGCUAAAACAAGAAAAUGAAGAUUUAUAUAUGCAAUCUGUGAUACUAGAAGAAACUAAUGCUGUACUUUUUGUAGGUUUGAUGAAAGAAUUGUACAUUGAGUUCUAUAAUGAUGACAUUGAGAGAAAGGAGGGCACGGGUGAAGAUUUCUUCAAGGAAAUGGUUAACGAGGGUAAAGAAGACAUGAAGAGCUUGAGUUAUGCUGAUCAUGACUUUACAUCAGCAGACCGCAAGGAUGCCUGGGAUGAAAGUAAUUUUCUAGAAGGCUCAAGUGCUGCCAUAAAUUUUCAUUGCAACUUGGAGAGCAUGAUAAGGGAGCAUGUUUGUGCAGUUUUACUCCGGGGAACAGUAGAGGAGUGGAAGAAGAUGGUAGAGAGUUAUAAUACUGAGAACCUCGUAAGGGAAGAGAUUUAUCAAAUCAUCAUCAAUGAAACCAUGAAUGAUAUUCUAAGUGCAGCCAAUUCUGCAUUAUAUCAACAUCAAGUGGCGGCAGUUUCAGAUAGUUGCAACUUCCCAUAUACUAGUGAAUGUUUUGGAAAUGUAGAAAGUCUAGUGAAGGAAGAUGUACAGAUGGUUUUAGUCAGGGAAAUGAUGAAGGCAUGGGAGAUCGAAAUGGAUGCUUAUAACAAUGAGAAUCUCAUUAGGGAAGAAAUAUAUCAAUUUGUAUUUGCAGAGGUGGUUAAAGAUGCUUCUUUCUUCUUAAAAGGAUAUGAAGCAAACAACCAAAACAAUUAUCCAGAAGACUUGAUCCCUAAUGGCAAGAGUCCAGAGGUGGGAAGAGAGGGGAGCUUGAUUCAGAACCUUGAUUCUCUGUUGCAAUGCCUUGAAGAGGAGGAAGAUUUGGAGUUGAGUACAAGUUCUGAAACAAAGGAACACAAGGCUGACCUUGACUUUCUGGGCUUGGAAGCCGAAGGGUCAGAUGAUUUUAACAUUUAUUUCAAAGAGCUGCAGAAUGAGGAUGAAAGCGCUUUCUUUUCAGCAAACAGCAAACUAGAGAAGGCCCUGCAGCAGCUAGCUUUGAGCAAGAAACUAUUAGGCGAGUUGGCAGCUGGUGAUGAAGAAAAGAGUCAUGAUGAGAGCUUGCAACAAACCAAAGAUUACUCCAAUUGCCUACCAAAAGAGAAUACACUAGUGCAAUUUAACCCUUCUGCUUCUGCAUUCACACCUCUCAUAGAAUUUCCUCUAGUAUUUGAGGAUUUUGGGAGUGUGAUGCACGAAAAAUUAGCAAUUAAUCAUAUGAGAUUGGACGAGGUGAGACGUCAACUGGAUCCACUCACUGAACUCGCUACCUCACUAAGAAAAAAGGAACUGGCUUACAGGAAAGCUUUUUUGAGCAGAUGCAAGAAUCUCCAGAAGGCCGAAAUGGAGGUCGAUCUGCUGGGAGAUCAAGUGGAGAUGCUUCUUGAACUACUAGGGAAGAUCUACAUGACACUCAAUUACUAUGCUCCUGUUUUGCAGAAUCAUUUUGCUGUAUCAGACAUCUUAAAAUCAAUUGAGAAUGAAUUGAGUGGAGUGGCUGCUCAUAGACUCAAAAAUUGAUGCAUAUAUGUGGCAAAAGGCUAUCCAUGUUCCCCUCCUGAUUUGAGAGUCAGUAUGACUACCUGAAAAUGCAAAUACAACGAGGUUGUUCCUAAGGAAAUAAACAUUAUAAAAUCAAGCCAGUGUGGUGUGAAAAUUGGCCAUGCCACCAAAUCAAGAAGGUGUAUAGAUAUCCCAACACCAUUUUGGAUUUGUGUUUGAAGCCAAAGAAUCCCUUGCUUUUCAGAGCCAGUGGGCGCAUCACCAAGGGUCCUAUUCGCAAUGAAGUGCAGCUCACGAGAUCAAGUGCACAAGCAGUUAUCUCAGAUUCUAGCAUACCCCAAUUGAUCCUUAAUGGAUAUAUUCAUUGUAACUUCAGCCAGCACGUUUGAAUGUAUAUAUGUAUAUGUAAAUCAAUUUAUUUGGGUUGGAGAUCAUGUAGAAUUAUUGUCACCAAUGGAAAUGAAUAUUUGCCAAGAUGAUCUAAAGAUUGCUGACAA